AUGACGAGAUUUGCGAAACAUAAGAAACCGAGAAAAGACAAGACCGGUGAAGAUGCAACACCAUGGGAAGCGUUAAAAAAGCCGGUAACCGAAGAAGAAGAUCAACGUAAAGCACAGAAACGUUUAGAGAAAAAACGAAAACGAGAAUUGAAAAAGAUCUGUUUUCGAUGUCGAGCUGCUGGACAUUCAAUGAAUGAAUGUACUGCUGAAAUACCCGAUGAACUAAAACAGAAACGAGAAGUAAAAACUGGUAUCUGUUAUAAAUGUGGCUCCACUGAACAUCGCUUAAAUCAAUGUACCGUCAAAGGUGAUUCAUUCGCCUAUGCAACUUGUUUCGUUUGUGGUAAACAAGGUCAUUGGUCACGUUUAUGUCCCGAUAAUCCAAAUGGUUUAUAUCCCAAUGGCGGAUGUUGUAAUGAAUGCGGUUCGAAACAACAUUUUAAAAGAGAUUGUCCAACGUUAUUGAAAAAACAAGGUAUCGAUGAUCAACAACUAACUUGUCUUACUGCGACGACAUCGAAUAUCGAUGAUAACGUUGAACUUGUCACAGUAAAACCUGUUGAAACAAAAAAGAAAUCGUUAAAACGUUUAAAAAUUGUUAAAUUUUAA